AUGGUCCCGCUUAAAACCCAAUCCUUCUUAAACAUCGAGGGUGUUGCGUUGAAGAACUUUCCUAGACACUAUAAUUUUGGAGGUCACUUACUAGAGUUACCAAGACACCAGCCUCUGAACACUUUGAAUUUAGAGGACAAAACUUCAAUGAAGGUGAUAUCGUGCGACAUGAUGGCUAGAUAUUGGAAGAAUGCUUCAAAUAGGGCAUGUGCUGGAAGGAUAUUUGAAAUAGGGCAUGUGCUGGAAGGAUAUUUGAAAUAG